GAUAGCUGAAGUGACAAGUACACACAUUUGGCAUUUUAUAUUCGACCUAGAAAAGACACGGUUCAAAGUCUUCUGAAUUUGCCGUGUGAUUUACCAAAACAGUUUGCGGUACACUCGCACUGAAAGUACAAGUAAUCUAGAAGUACCUGUGUACUAUUUUUAAAAUGACAACUACCCUUCCCCGCAUCGAGCAGCUGUCCUCCCGAGUGAUCAGAAUCCUCGGCUGCAACCCUGGGCCCAUGACUCUGCAGGGAACUAAUACUUACCUGGUGGGAACGGGGAAGAGGCGAGUCCUUAUAGAUACUGGUGAGCCGUCAGUUCCGGAGUACAUUACUUGUUUAAAACAAACUUUAAACAAGUUUAAUACUACAAUCCAAGAAAUCAUUGUCACCCACUGGCACAUGGACCAUGUUGGUGGGGUUGCAGAUAUCUGCAGAGACAUCAGCAGUGGUUCCAACUUGCGCAUUAGCAAACUUCCUCGUAAUCCUCAUGUUGAAGAUGUCAUAGGAGAAGGAGAGCAGCAGUAUACUUACCUGAAGGAUGGUGAUGUGGUAGAAACUGAAGGAGCCACCCUCAGGAUCCUUUUCACACCUGGCCAUACAGAUGACCACAUGGCUUUAUUGCUCGAAGAAGAAAAGGCAGUGUUUUCCGGAGACUGUAUUCUUGGGGAAGGGACAGCGGUGUUUGAGGACCUCUAUGAUUACAUGAAAUCGCUGGAGAAGCUACUAAAUGCCAGUGCUGAGUUGAUUUAUCCAGGUCAUGGACCAGUUAUACAAAGUGCUGGUUCAAAAAUAAGAGAAUACAUCGCUCACAGGAACUUGCGCGAACAACAGGUUCUAAGUGUUCUCCAUGAAAACUCUGGAAAUGCCUUCACAUCCAUGGAUCUUGUAAAAAUUGUUUAUAAGGAAACUCCUGAACACCUGUAUAAAGCAGCAGAGGUAAACCUUGUGCAUCAUUUAAAGAAGCUAGAAAAAGAAGGAAAAUUAUCAAGAGAUGCAUCACCUCAAGGAAAAUGGAAAAGCAAUCUAUAAUUCUUCCAGUGGGCUCUUGGGUUCAUGUUUUUUCUUAUUUUUAAUGUGUCUUGUACUGUGAAGUGGGUAUUGUAUGCAUUGGUUUCCAUUGUAUGAUAUCUUUUUAAUGCAGUCAUGUGUAAAUUAUGUUAUAUGAAUGAAUACAGAUAUGGUUAUUUUUGCCAUACA